CCCAGCGAUGGGAAAGCGUGUGGAAGGGGGACAGAAGAAAAUGGGGAGAUGGAAUCCCCGUUUCGGCCUCUCAUUGGCUGUAAUCCUGGUCCUUACUGCGUCGGCGCAGACUGUGACGUCAUUGCCGUUGCCGAAGGACGAAACUUUGGGGGAUGCUGCGUUGGCAUCGCAUUCAGCAGCCAAAAUCCUUGAAGACAUCCAAACCAUCAGCGCAGUUCAGGAUUGGAGUUUGCUGUGUAAAGAGCUCUGCGGAGCUGGCCUGGGCGUUGCUUCAACGCCUGAUGGGGCCAAGAACCCAAUCCUGAGACCAGAGUUCGAUGUGGCCAAGUGCCGGCAACUGUGUGGACUGCCUAGGGGUGCCCAGGGCGACUUGGUCUGCUCGAGCUUCUGCGGGCAGAGAGGUCGCUCCCUACCCGGUUGCAGUCCCUGCCAGCAGGAGGUGCGCAGGAUGAAGGAGAACGAGGAGCAGAAGGAGGAGGAUCUCCAAGUGGAGAUGAAGGCCAGUGGCGUGCAGGGCGAUCCAACACACGGUCCCGCAACCCGCGAGAUGACACUCCAGAGAUCGGUCGACGAGGAGGAAGCAAAAUCAUCCUCCUCAUCAUCAUCGGUGGCUCCCGUGGUAGCCGGGUCAGCCGCGGAUGCGACUACCACUACUGCGGCUCCGGACUGGGACGAAGUGUGCAAGGUGCUCUGCAAGACUGGCGAUGGCGGGUCUUUGUGCAACUGUGAUUUAUCGCCGUUCUUCAGCUGAGCGAUCCCCACCUUCCUGAGGGGAUCGCUCCCGAUGGAGGUGCUAAAUCACAAAAACCAUUAUAUAUAGAUCGAGAAUUAUAUACUACGAUGUUUUGUUGUUCUUCGUUUUUGGACUUCAGUUAGUGCUAGUGUUGUCUUCAUACAAAGUUAUAUCCUUAUCGGAAAAACUUGUUACGAAACUUUUAGUUCAAUAUUGUAAAGAAAAAAACAAAAAAAAAACCUAUAGAAAAAUCGGAAGAUAAAAAAGUAUAUAUAUAGAGAAGAAUACACAAUAUCGAGGAGGCGAAUGAGGAACGAGAAGCGAAAAAUCCCUAUGCGAAUCAAUUAAUUUGUAACUAAUUUCAAUUAAAAAAUGUAACUAUAGAAACGCUAUAAAAAGCGAUAAAACAGCAAAAUCACACAGGGCUUCCAGUGCGCCGCCUCGGAGGAUGAGGAUCUUUUCCCAAAUGGGAUCCUAUAUCCACCGGACGGACACAACCCGUAUUGAUUAGUAGUUAAGUGAGCUUCUUAGUCAAGGAGCUGGACUAAGGAGACACUAACAACACAACAACAACAACCAAACUAAUAUCAAAGUACACAACAUAUCGUGGUAUACCCGAAAAAAGUAUACCCAAAAUCAAAAAUCACAUUAUAUUAUUUAAAUUAUAAUAACACACACCUUGGUUCGAUGGAAUCAGCAUAUCAAUUUUCCACGAGGCAAAAAACAAAAACAAGUUGGUAUCAUCCAAAGAAUUUCCUUUGUUUUGGCUUACAAGUUAUUGGCGAACAAAAGCGUUGAUAUAUUUAACAUCUUAAAAAAAAUCCAAUCAGUAUCAAUUAUGAGUGUCGCAAUUAGGCCAAUGAGCCAACCAAGAGUUUAGUGUUGGUUACGGCCCUUUACAAAAAAAUAUAAAAAAUAUACAAGAUCUAAAUGUACUUAAUAACAACUGUAAUUGGUCUAUAUAUAUCCACACAAUGAGUUGCGAUUGCAAAUCAGAAACUCAGACGCGGACAUACUGGAUCAACCAGAACCGUAAAUAUAUAUAUAUUUAAAGAUAUAUAUUAUAAAGAAAAUUGUAAACCUUAGUUAUUCUAAUAUCUAGGUGUCAUAUUGUUCAGCAUAAAUAAUAAUCGCAUAUAAAUAAUAUAUUAUAUGCAUAUUAUCUGUGUGUUUGGAAGACAUUUUUUCGCAUUGCAUUGAAAUGGAAGACAAUAUCAGCAAAUCGCAUUCUGGAAGACAUGCGUUGCGGCAGCGGCAACAACAACAGUCAGCUGCCACUUAGUUUAUAAGAAAUAUAUCUAUAUCAUAAUAAUAAUAAUAACAUUUUCGAACUCGAAGAUAUAGUCAAUACACAAGCACACGUUGUUGUGACAAACGCGACGCUGUGACUGACAAUAAUUAACUAUAACUUAGGAGGAGAACAGCAGGCAAGGAAGUUCGCAUACUCAGUGUCUAUAUACCAAAAGCACUAUUGCUAAUAUAAAAUAACCAUGCACUUAUUAAAAAAAAAUUCGUAUGAAAAAGUAUUUAAAAAAAUAUUGUAUUGCACCGAAAGUUAUUAUUACCGAUAAUAUCGCAGUGUUUAAGGCAAUUUUCAGAGCACAUUCAUUGAUAACCUAAUGCGGCUUCAGUAUGUAUAUCGAUGUGUAGCAAGUUAAUCACUCAGUAAAAAGUAUAUUGUACGAAAUGCACUUAACAUUUAUGUAUAUGUAUAUGUGUUAGGCGUUGCGUUUCUGCCAUGAAUACAGACGGAUUAUGCCGGAAUAAUAUCCAUAAUCCAUAAUAUACCAUAAAAUAUAUAUAUUUAUAACCAACAGACACAUCAUCAUCAAUUACGAAAAAACCGAGUCGAAAACCGUUUCGAACCGAUUAUACCGUUUCGCAGUUUCGUUUCUUCAGUUCUAACCUAUGGCCAGGCAUUAUCCCAAUCGGUAAUGUCCUAGCUCAUAGUCAAAAAAAUAAACACAGAAAAAUAGUUUUAAAGGCAAUUUCACAACAAAUAACCAAAGCAAGCAACUAAACAACCAAAUAAAGGCAAAUAUUAUCUUAUA